CCAAAAUUGCCACAAAUUACGAGAACGUUCUGGAAUCGAAGAAGUGAAAUAAUUCGCUUUUAUUUUGGCAUUAUUAUUCCUACUCUGCACCCACGAGUCGGGACCUGACGUCUUUCUAAGAUCAUGGUGCAUUUUAGUGAUCCCCUGAUUUUAAGCUUAGAUAAUAAACUAACUUAGAUUUCGCUAAGAUAAUCAUCAACGGCGCUAAACACCAUCAGCCUGUGUGCUUGAAGCACGCUCCUGGUUGGUGAGAUGCCGAGCCGACUGCUACUUCAAAAGACAACACAUACUUGUCCUUCCAUCCCACCCAACACCCACUCACUCACCCAGUUUGACUCGAACCGGAUUGAGAAGACUCAACGAUGGAGCAACCUCCUCUUGCCGCCGUAGAUCCUUAUCCCUUGACGAACCCUCAAAGCCCUCCUGGCCAUCCUGGCAAUUUAACACCGGCACAGAGUGAGAAACUGAAACUUGUCCGGGAAAAGCUUCUGAGUCUGGGUUACACCAAGCGUCUGGAUGAUGCCACAUUGUUGCGUUUUCUCCGUGCUCGGAAGUUCAACAUCCAUCAAAUGCUGGAAAUGUUCACCAACUGUGAGAAGUGGAGAACCGAGUUUGGUGUCGAUGACCUUGUAAAGAACUUCAAAUACGAGGAAAAGGAAGCUGUGUUCCAGUACUAUCCUCAAUUUUAUCAUAAGACGGACAAAGAGGGUCGCCCUGUGUAUAUUGAACAAUUGGGCAAGAUUGACUUGAAAAAAAUGUACCAAAUUACUACACAAGAGCGUAUGCUCCAGAAUCUUGUGUAUGAAUACGAAGUGCUUGCCGAGGAACGCUUUCCUGCCUGUUCUCGUAUGUCCGGCGGUCUCAUUGAAACGUCGUGCACGAUUAUGGAUUUGAAGGGUGUCGGCUUGACCAGUAUUCAUUCUGUGUACAGUUACGUCAAACAAGCCUCUAGAAUUAGCCAAGAUUACUACCCUGAGCGUAUGGGCAAGCUUUAUCUCGUUAAUGCUCCAUGGGGAUUUUCCUCCGCGUUUAAUUUAAUCAAGGGCUUUUUGGAUGAGGAUACCGUGAAGAAGAUCCACGUCUUAGGUUCGAGCUACCAAAAGCAUCUUUUGGCUCAAAUCCCGGCGGAGAAUCUCCCACUCCGUUUUGGCGGAAAGUGCGAUUGUCCUGGAGGCUGUGAGUUUUCGGACGCUGGUCCUUGGCAUGAUCCUCAAUGGAUGAACAAGAAGGUGACAGCGACUGUUGAGUCCGAGAAGUAAGUAUACUUAUGAUGCUUCUGAACGGAGUACGACUUUGACGGGAGCGCCAUGCAAGAACGAAAACGUAUAGAUCAUGGCUUACGUCAAAGCAGGCACAAUGUGAAACAUUCUAGUGUUCCCAUGCUGACCGAUAAACCAUUUUGUUUAACUUAAAGAUCAAUAAAUUUGCAUACUGCAUAUUGCAUACAGCAUUAAACAAA